UGUUUGAUUGAAAGAUUCAAGAUUUUGAGAAGAGAAGAUGCUGUGUCAAAUGCUGCGACGGAAGAGGAAAACUGGAGCAGUUCCAGUUUACCUGAAUGUGUACGAUCUCACUCCCAUUAAUGGCUAUGCUUAUUGGCUUGGCCUUGGUGUUUACCAUUCUGGUGUUCAAGUUCAUGGAGUCGAAUAUGCAUUUGGUGCUCAUGAACAUCCGACUACUGGGAUAUUUGAAGUGGAACCAAAGCAAUGCCCUGGUUUUACGUUUAGAAAAUCAAUUCUUAUAGGGAGAACAGACUUGGGGCCAAAAGAGGUCCGGGCAUUUAUGGAGAAACUGGCAGAGGAGUAUACUGGUCACUCCUACAAUCUAAUCACAAAAAACUGCAAUCAUUUUUGCAGUGACGUCUGCGUUCGGUUAACAGGGAAGCCAAUUCCUCGAUGGGUGAACCGACUGGCACGACUUGGCUUUCUGUGCAAUUGUGUCCUCCCAGCCAGUUUGAAUGAGACAAAGGUCCGGCAUAUUAGGGCAGAAGAUAGGAGCAUCGAGAAGAAAAAACUACGAAGCCAUUCAAGUAGGUUUGUAGCCUCUUCUAAUCAACCUAGCUUGUCCUCUCGUACUUCAGGAUCUGCAUCGUCGAGUAGUAGACACAGAAGUCGUCAUCCUCCAGCCGUGCCCUUGAUUCGUUCAACCUCACCAUCAAUAUUGAAGCUUUAGUGUUAUGGCUUUUCUUUCUUUCAUGACGCAAUAGGCUUUCAUAGUACUAGACAUGAGGGGGGUGAGAAAGAAGAUUAUGAUUGUUUUUCUUGAAAUUGUUCUUAAAAAAAGGAAGCUGCUUGGAAAAAAUAUGUGCAGCAUUUGUGAAUCUGUAAAUUAAACAAAUUGUAUGAGUGAUUUGUGAUAAUUGUAGAGCGUUUCUUUUAUUUUUGGUAGAAUUGGUAAUCAGGUUUUUGUAAAUGUCGACCAGGUGGUUCUAGAGUGUGGUAUUUAGUUGAAUGAGCACAUGACAAAAGUAGUUAUAUGA